GCGGCCUGGCUCGGUGCUUGCAUUCGUCUGCACAACACACAGCACGCUGCGCUGCAUCAGUGCACUGCCGGCUUUGCCGCCGCUCAGCAGAGCCAGCAGCUGCCCCAGUGCUUUGUUCUUCUCCUGCUCGGUGCCUGUACCCAUGGCAGUGCCAAGCAGAGCCACCCAUUUGCGCGUGUCAAUGCGAUGGACGCCCUGUGCAUGCAUGGCAAACAGCGAGCAAGGGCACAGGGGAUCUGGCAAUAAGCGACACGGCUCCAACGGGGCGCAGCUCCUCCUCGGCACUGUCGCUGUCGCUCAGCUCGCCCCCCCGCGCAAGCGGUGCAACUGCCAGGUCUACGCUGGCAAGGGUCGCCAGUACAGGCAGCGUGAACUCGGUCCCCUGCAUCGGCUGCCGCCACCGCGCCAUCACCGGCUCCAGGUCGGCAAACAGCUCCACAUGCGAGUCGCAGUAGCUGAUCGCCACCACACCCACGUCUCCGGUAUCCAGAUACACGACGUCGCUGGCAUCCUCGGCCUCGGUAUCCAGGAUGCUCGAGCUUGCGUCAGAGUCAUACGCCUAGCUCCGCCACCGGCGAUGGCUCCGGCUGGUAUAGAUACGGGCCCUGCCCAACAGCCGGUCUGAGCCAUGCGUCAGGCAAGCGCCACAUUCAUCAGCGCCUUGCCGGGCUCCAAUUCCAGGACGUUCACCAGCCACUCCUUCGCAUCCCGCGCUGCUACAAGCUCGACUGGCGAGCACACCUUGCCGCGCGACUCAUACUCCUCCGCCUGCCACUCGCGGAUAUCCAUCUCGGCGAUAUCCAGCAGCUGCUCCAGCCACGGCCGCUCCAGCAUGCACGCGCGCGGCAGGACCGGACACAGGCUGAACAGCUGGCCCGUAUUCAUCAGGACAUACAGCGUCGCCCGCGCCCACCCGC